UCUCAAAACCCCAAAAACCCUUCUCAUAAAUUGAUUGUACUCUCUUUACAUUCCCCUCUUGAAUUCUGGUUUUACUUGGGUCCAAUUUAAAUCCAAAACGUAAGUUUUGGCAGUCAGUAAAAUUGAAAGAUGAGACGAUCUCAGAUCAAUGCUGCCUUCAAAGCAGUGAAAGAAAUUGAUAUUCCCGAGAAAAAAACAAAGCGUGCCUUGAUAAAGCUACUGAAUUUUUUUGAUAAGAAAUGGGAUUUGAUAGUAGAAGAAAACUAUAGAAUUCUUGCUGACACUAUCUUUGAGGACGAGGAUGCUGAGGCUGCAGAGGAAGAACAGCAGAAGAAAUCAGGAAAUGCUGAUCAAGCGAAGGUUUCAGAGGAAGAUGCUCAAAUGCAGGAUGAGCCUGAGAGGCCAUGGAAACGAUUGCGUUUGAAGCAUCAAAAAACGGAUGCAGCAUCUCAUAGCCAACAAAGCCCCAUAUCUGCUCCUUUCGCACUGAAGACACCUAAAACAGAACCUGGGGAGCCUGAAACUUAUCAAACCCAUGUGGGAAACAAGGGGAAACAACUAGUUUCGUCGCCUGAAAUUAGUCAGAGAACUAGGAGUGGACCUGAACAGGCAUCUCAAACAUUGCAGAUUAAAGAGCAAAAGGCUUCUGUCACUUCUAAGGAGACACAGCCUUAUUUUACCGUGAUGAAGCCUAAUGAUGAGCCAUUUACUGAUGAUAUGCUAUCACUUACACCUCUUGCAGUAGUCUUUCCCGAUGAAAUUCACCAAGAAGUUCCUGCAAUCUCUGGUAAUCCAGUUGCCAGUCAGGCAGAAUUUAUGCAUCAACAAAGUUCUUCUGAAACCAGCAACCAAGUCUCUAGCCUGGAUGUUCAAGGAUCCAAAGCCUCUAAAUCUCUGGUUGGCAUUGAAUCUGGGGCUUCCAAAUCCGUGGAUGCUGUCGAUAGAAAUCUGAGAACACUGACAUCGUCAAGUGUAGAUGCGGACCAUAUUCAGGAAGCUGAGGUCUCUAAAAGAAUUUUAGCUAUAGACAUUACUGCCUCAGGUUUGGGAGAGGUGAAGUUGUCUUUGAGCUACAACCCUGGCCUGGAAGGCAAGGAUAUCUAUUUUCCUGAUCUACCCGAAGUCCUGAAAAAAUUUGAUGAUACAUGUCUUAAAAAGUACGAAAUUGCUGAUCUGAAGUUUCCUGUAAUGAAGAUUUUUAAGGAAUUUUGCAAUCAUGUCGGGGAGCUGGGUACAAAUAUUGAUGGUGCCAGUCAAGAUAGGUGUAAUCAACAAGAUGCUAAGGUCAUUGAUAGCAAAGGAAAUUGUUGUCUUCAGUCAAAAGGUUGCCUUAAUUUAGAGAUUUCUGAUUAUGUGGCUGCCACAGCUGACCCGGAAACAAUUUCUGAUGCUUCAAAUCUGUUGUUAGCUUCCAAAUUUGCACUAGAAUAUGAUCAAUAUGAAAAAGAUGCUGCUGUUGGUCAUAGUGCUGAAAGGGAAUUUAGUGCUGUCAAUUUGAAUGAGAAUAGCUUGGUGCUCAUUCUGCCGCAGCAGCUCAAUACGAAUUGUCUUCAUGAUCCAAAUGUCAUUGCUAGGGGGGUAGAAGGAUUUAUAAUUUCACUUGAUCAAACAAACUGUGAUUCUUUACCAUUUUUCCAUUACAUUUCCCAGAAUGUCAUCUCACGUAAUGCUAAUGUGAUUUUUUCAUUCGCUCAAAUUGGCAACGAAGAUAGUUGCUCAUCUUGCAUUGGCGAUUGCUUGGAUUUGUCCUCAUCUUGCUACUGUGCUCAUCGGAAUGAAGGAGAGUCUUCGUAUACCUCAGAUGGUCUAUUGAGGAAAGAUUUCUUGGACACGUGUAUUGCUAUGGUCAGAAACUCUCAGAAAGACUGCUUCAUAUAUUGUAAAGAGUGUCCCCUUGAACGAUUGAAGAAUGAGGAUAUACCAGAUCCAUGCAAAGGUCACUUGAAGCGCAAGUUCAUCAAAGAAUGUUGGUUAAAAUGUGGCUGCAGCAAGAACUGUGGGAAUAGAGUUAUCCAACAUGGUAUAAGCCGCAACUUGCAGGUGUUUUGGACUCCAGAAGGGAAAGGAUGGGGUUUGAGGACCUUGGAAGAUCUUCCUAAAGGGGCAUUUGUUUGUGAAUAUGUUGGAGAAAUUGUAACUUGUACAGAGCUCCAUGAUAGAAAUCUGAAGAGUAGCAAUGACAAACAUUCAUAUGCAGUGCUACUGGAUACCGAUUGGGGUGCAAAAGCUUUAAAAGAAACUGAAUUUCUUUGUUUAGAUUCCACAUUCUAUGGAAAUGUUGCAAGGUUUAUAAAUCAUAGAUGUUUAGAUGCAAAUUUGAUAGAGAUUCCAGUUGAAGUGGAGAGUCCAAGUCAUCACUACUAUCAUGUUGCAUUGUUUACAACAAGAGACAUCAAUGCCUUGGAAGAGUUAACUUGGGAUUAUGGACUUGAUUUUGAUGAUAAGGAGAGCCAUUACAAAACAUUCAGGUGUCUAUGUGGCAGCAAUUUUUGUCGCAACAUGAAUCGUUCAAGCAUGAUCUAGGUCUAUUAUAACCUUACAGUGAAGUGAAAUGUAGAACCGGAGGAAUGGCUGGUUAACGUGCUAUGUUUUUGGCUCGAUUGACUCUAAUUAUGCGAGUGCGACAACUUAACUAGGUAUAAUCCUAUUUUGCUUUAUAAAAAGAAUAUUUUGUGCAGGAAUGUUUUGUUGUACAUAAAGCAGUUUAGAUCAGUGCAGCAUCUAGUUGCAGAAGCAUCUCGAAGGUAUAAUCUUGUUUUUUUGGGGGGCACUUCAUUAGACUUGAAGAUAUAGUUCAAUGCUAAUCUAUAUGAUUAUAUUUGGCGCUCUUUCUCUAUAUAUAUAUUUAAAUGUUAGAUUUAACAACUUUAUAUAAAAAUCUCAAGAUAUAUUAGACGUAAUGUUACUUGGUCUUGUAUAUAUAUGUUCGAAAUAGAUAAUCUCUAGAUAUUCAUACUUAUGGUAUUUAGACUUUUAUAUUUAUGUAUGAUACAUAUACAUAUUCGAAUGCCCGAUUAACAAUUUAUGAAAAAUCCUCAAGACAUCAAACCAAAUUUGAGAGCUCAAUGGUCUUAUGUAUGAAUACAAGAAAUUGACAUGGAUAAUGAAGAGUGCGAGCAACAAUAAUCUGAAACCUAUAAAUUAUAAUCUUAAAAGUUUUGGCUAUCAUGGCAAUUGAUCAAUAAAUUUCUGUAUACUCAAGUGUGCUACAAUGCAGGACCAACUUACAAAUAGGCUCAAUUUCAUCCAAAAUGCAGAAGAGAUAAUAUUUGUAAGUACUAUGCUUUAAUCAUUUAGCUAAUUUUACAGCUUUUUUACCUGAGGCCUGCAUCUGCAUCAAGGAAUUCCACCUAACAAUCACAUACGCAUGCAUCACUUGUCCUUUAAAAAUUCUAUCACAAAUUCACACUUUUUUUUUAGUCUAGUGAAACUUGAUUCAAAUUUUUAAGGAUAGAUAGAUUUUAAAUUUACAUUUAGAAAUGUAAAUGGUAAAAAUCUAGACUCUGACCCCUUAUAAAAUAUUAGCCUUUGUGAGUAAAAAGAAAGAGUUAUACUGCUCCCAUACAUUAAAAUAUUUGUCUUUAUCUGUUUGCCUUCUAAAAUUGUUUGAUGAACAAAAUUAUUAGCUCCUCGAUCAUAUAAUUAGAUGAUUGAUCGUUUUUAUAUCAUACAAAUUUUUUAGAUUUGAGAUUUAGAAAUCCUAAUAAUUAUAAACAAGUGACAGUUGUUUCUUUUUACAAACACUUAAUUAAUUAUAAAUUGGUGGAUUUUAUAGUUUAAGAAUAAAUAAAUAAAUGUAAAACAAGUGGUCAUUUCCCAUAUAUGAACCUUGUUGUGAUAGACAAGUGACAAGGUUGUGGUCCCACUCAUACUCAUUGAUUGGUUUCCUCCUCAAUGUAUUAGAGUAAGAGACAAACAUGCCAAACAUAAUCUUUUCACAAACUACACUCAUGGAGCUAAUCAAGGAUUUCAAAAACAUCUUAUUAGUAAAUUUCAUUUUACCAUUUGAUCAUUGAUACUCAUUUUGCCCUUUAAAUUUGCUUUAUUAAGAGCAAAACACUCUCAUUUCAUUGGAAUCAAAAAUGCCAAUUCAUAGACCAAUAAUUUAUUAAUUCA